AUGCUUUUGAAUGAUAUUAGUUCUGAUAACAAAUCCAUAUUAUCAAUUGAUAGCUUUUUUGAUGAAAAUUUUUUUGAAAAUAAUUCUUUUAUUGAAACUGAUAAAAAGGAAAAUUUUCUUAAAAAAGUUUCUAAAUCUUUACCUGAAAUAGAAAAUUCAAAAAUAUUUCUUACAAAAAGUUUGACUACUAAAGAAAUAAUUUAUUUAUUAACUUCAAUUGAAUAUCCAUCUAUGUAUAAAGAAGGAAUUGCUAUA